AUGUGCAGCACAAAGACAAUGCUCACCGUAAAUGGAAGUUUUCCAGGGCCAACAAUACGUGCUCGUAAAGGAGAUACAAUUUAUGUCAAUGUGCACAAUCAAGGAGAUUAUGGUGUCACAAUUCAUUGGCAUGGAGUGAGGCAACCAAGAAAUCCAUGGUCUGAUGGUCCAGAAAAUAUCACACAGUGCCCAAUUCAACCGGGAAAAAACUUCACGUACGAGGUCAUAAUAUCUACCGAAGAAGGAACUCUCUGGUGGCAUGCACAUAGUGACUGGACUCGAGCCACUGUCCAUGGUGCCAUUGUCAUUUUGCCUGCUCUCGGAACCACUUAUCCGUUUCCUGCACCUUAUGCAGAAGAAACAAUUGUGCUUGGAUCUUGGUUUAAGGGUGAUGUAAAGGCUGUGAUUGACGAAGCUCUAGCAACUGGUGGUGCCCCUAACUUAUCCGAUGGUUCUACCAUCAAUGGCCAACCAGGAGAUCUAUAUCCAUGCUCCAAAGAAAACACAUACCGUUUGCUGGUUGAUUAUGGAAAAACUUACCUUCUCCGAUUAAUCAAUGCCGUGAUGAACGAAGAACACUUCUUUGGAAUUGCAGGCCACAGCCUCACAGUGGUUGGGCAAGAUGCGGCAUACAUAAAACCUAUAACCACCAACUAUAUAAUGAUUACUCCAGGACAAACAGUGGACAUUUUGGUCACAGCAAAUCAGUCUCCAAGCUAUUAUUACAUUACUUCUACUCCUUUUGCUGAUGGUGGUGUUGGAUUUGAUACCACCACCACUACAGCUAUUCUCCAAUACAAUGGCAACUAUACCCCCCUUCAUCUAUUCCCCUCGCAACCCUACCGAGAUUCAACGAUAGUGAUGCUGCAGCAAACUACAGUAGACUUGUCAGGAGUCUAG